AUGAGUGUUGUAGCGUCAGUAAGAGAGCAAGUGGCGUUAGUAAAAGAAAUCGCGAAGGCAACACUUGCUAAGAUAAGCGAGUUGAGUAGGCCUAAAGUAGCAGAACGCGUUUUUGAGCUUCUAAGAGAAGGGAAAGUUAACAGUGUAAGUCAGCUGCAGGAGCACAUGAGUAAAUGUGCUGCAAUGACUGAAGUGAUGGAAGAAAUGCGGAAUCCUGCACUACCAAGACUCAGAAGUAGUUAUGAAAGUAAACGGGUUGUCCGCAAUUUCACUGUAGAAAAGAAGACAGCCAACGAGCUUCGACUGCAGUUGAUUCAAAAAGACUCACAGAUCGAGCAAUUGCGCCAAGAGUUCGAGGGGUUAGGGCAGCAGAAAAAGGCGAAUGCCCUCGCGGAUAAUGAUUAUAGCAACGGUGCAGCUCAAGAGAGCCUGGCAAAUAGAGCGUACCCGGACAUGCCCGCUGAAGCAACUUCGUUGCAGAAGGCCGAGAUUCUAUGUAGGCAGCUAGCUAACUGGGAGGGAAGUUACUGCCUUACUGAGGCAUUGGAGACCAGUAAGUGUGAAGAGGCUUAUGAAAAAGUAAAGGAGGCAGCCCUAAGGUUAGAGAGAAGCCUAAAAACAGCUGAAGAAUGCGGACUGUUAGAUGAAAAAAGAAGUGAGGUUAGGCACGGGCACCACAAUUUUGACAGACGAGGUGGAUUGGUCGUUGACAAAGGCCCAGGAAGUGGCUCGAAUAGCGACUCGGAACGAGCAUCUAAACCCACGCUAGGAGACAGGCCAGAAAGUGCGCCAACUGUUCGAAAGGAAAACGAGUGUGAGGUCCACCAAGGUGCUAUAAGUGCGGUAUUAUGGGGCAUUUGGCAAAUGAUUGUCGUGAUAGACCUGCUUUGCAACGAGGCACCCAACAACGCUGAAUGCACAGCAAUGGCCUACGCCUCCCUGGUAGAAAGUGGGGAACGUAAUGGAAUUUCUGGACACUAUCCGGGUACCAAUAACAUUAGAAGGACCAAGAAAGAAGUGGUAUCAGCCUUUGUAGGAAGAAGUCCAGACGAGGUGGUGAUUUUGGGUACCAAUGCUCUGGAGUUGUUAAACCUAAGGCUGUUGAAGAAUCCUGAAGCAAAAAGUGCGCAAAUGACCAGCAGGGCAAAUGCAACUGUGGCCAAG